UCCGUCGAGCGGUGAGAAAAUCACUCUCCGGAUAACAUGCGGGAACUCUCCCCCGCUCUGCUCCAGCUACAGCGCCACUUCAGACACGCGGCUUCGCGGCUGGAAGCUCAACACAUCACCUCUUCAGGACUUGUUGAUCAACCUACAGCCGCUCGAUUGCGUCACGGAGUUGAUUUGUUGGAAUGCCUGAAGCUCAACCGGCCAUUCGGACUUUGUCGCGAGUUUUUGCUCAACACCACCGUUCUCCAGCUCAAUGUUCAUCAGCCUGAACAUGAUGUCACUGGUCGCAAUGAAUCUUCUGCAACAAGUUCGCCUUUUUUGACAGUAUUUGACGAGGAGGAAGAAGACGUCAAGGAACUUUAUAAGACUGUUGUGCCAGUGAUGCUAAUCGGAUGUUGCUUGUCAAUGAUUUUUAACUUGUUCCUCGUCUUCAGCGUCCGAUGGGUGCGUAGGGUGUCACCAACACUCUGCUUAAGUUUGUCACUGGCAGUUGCCGAUGCCUACGCGUCGCUUGUGAUUGGUCUUGGCCUGAUAGUAAACAGCUUAUUACCAACGGUAUAUGGCUUGACGUUGGGUCUUUACAACUUGUGCUACAUCCUCGUUCUUGAAGCAUUCAGACUUGGCGGAGUUGUGAUCAUUGUUCUCCAUUUGCUAGCACUAGCCAUUAACCAUUACAUAGGAAUCCUCAGACCACUGCACUAUCAUGCUAUAGUCACCAGAAGAACUGCUAUGAUUGCCAUAGUGAUUAUGUGGUUGUUACCUGUUGCGUUCUUCAUGACUUACUUUUCUUUGGUUCCAGAUGACGGGUUUCAAUCGAUAUAUUGCUCACGAUAUGAUUUCCUUCUUCGCGUGCCAUUUCGAGUCACAACUUCCGUGUUGUUCUUUGUACCCCUUCUGCUGAUGUCUGCCAUGUACGCACACAUGUUCGUAGUGGUCAGAAGACAUCAAAACGGCCUUGUACAGUGUCCUUCGAGUAGGCAGCUACAUAAAAAUGUCAAAGCCAUUAUCACCACUCUCCUUAUCCUUGGGACGUACAUCCUUGGCUGGAUGCCUGGUGUAAUUUUCUUCGUCCUUACUUGUCUUGACUGUCCGAUUCCCUUUCCACAAAUACCAAUACCAACCCGUGUACCAGUGCUCAUAUUUAUCAACUCUAUGAUUGUUGCUAAAUCUUUCGUGGACCCUAUAAUCUACGUUAUUCGCAUGCCAGAGAUUAAAAGUGCAGUUUCCAUGAUAUGGAAAACCCGUUGCGGUUUCGAUUCAUCUGUUGCAACUGAUAUUCCACUGCACUCAAGGACAGAUGUAAACCGCUUGACUUUCCAGUUAGCUUCAAGAAAGGCAAAAUUCAAUGGUGUGACGCGUUGUUGAGUAAUGAUAUAUUAAAAAUGUCUUUACGGAUAUCUAUCUAUAUCUCCACGAAUAUUUCUUCAAUUUAAUAACUUGUAAGUGGUAAUUUAUUUUUGAAUUUGUGUGUGUUUUAAUUGUUAUUCUAUUUAAGGCAUAUAAUAUUAGUGAGA